CACCGUACAACGCGUUUCUGGAAGGCUUCCGCAUAAGUAAUGUUGUUGUCACAGGUUUCACCUGUUUGUUAUGAUGAUUAAGACAGAAAGGAUUUUACAUUUAAAAAGUUCCCGCGGGGGAAAAGUUCGUGUCGUCCGUGAACACUAUCUUAGAGAGCAUGUGCCUUGUUUUAGCGCACUUUGUCAAGCUGCAUGUCACAACGAAGGUAAAACCCUGCCUGAAGACGUGACGCACUAUGUCGUGCCAGAUGCAGGGGUGGUGCGUGAUUUCCUGGAAGUGCUGGAGUUCCGUGAGCUUCAGGGGAUUGUGUUCAUGCAGACUGCCUGCCAGGCUGCGCAGCACAGCCGUGGACGCAGGCUGUACAACCGGUUGCGCAGUUUGCUGAAGGAUCCGCGGCAUGACUGCAUUCAUUUUGCAAAUGAGUUCCAGCAGUACUCCUACUGCCCUCGGGAGAAGGGAGAAACCCAAGAGAAAUGGCAGACAAGGUGUAUUUACCAUGCAGCGGUGUGGUACCACGAUCAUCUGGCCGGCCUGAGGCCAGUGGUCAUGAUCACAGAGGACCAGGAGGCAGUGGCUGAGUUUGGUAGCAGCGCCAGUGGGAUUUAUGUCAUCUCAACUCAGGAGUACCUGCAGAGUUUCUGGCCUGACCUGCUGGCAGCUCAUGAGCUGUACAGCUCCAUCUGCCAGGCCCUGCAGGAGCGUGAGAGUGAGAGCACAGAGCGAGAGUAUGCAGAGCACUUCCCUGCUGAGGUGCUGGAGGCAGGGAUCAAAUCUGGCAGGUUCAUCCAGGGUACCCUUAACGUGAAUAAGCACAGAGCUCAACAUGAGGCCUUUGUACGAUUUGAGGGCUCGACCACCAAGAAUUCAGAGCUGAACAGUGACGUCCUGGUCUGCGGGGGGAAGAACCGGAACCGGGCGGUGCAUGGAGAUUUGGUGGCCGUGGAGCUGCUGCCCGCCAAAGAGUGGCGAGGGCGCAACACUGCACUGCACGAGGGCCUGGGGGAGGACAAGGCAGGGGAGGAGCCCCAGAGCAAGCCCAUGCCCACAGGCAAGGUGGUGGGGAUUGUUCAGAGGAACUGGCGAGACUACGUAGUGACCUUUCCCCCCAGGGAGGAGGUGCAGUCCCAGAGUCGCAACUCUCAGCGCAUUUUGGUCACACCCUGGGAUUACCGCAUACCCAAGAUCCGCAUCAGCACCCAGCAAGCUGAGGCUUUGCAGGACCAUAGAGUGAUCGUGCGGUUGGACUUAUGGGAAAGCACCUCACUCUAUCCCAAUGGCCACACUGUAAGGGUUCUGGGGAAGUCAGGUGAACUGGAAACUGAAGUCCAAACCAUCCUGGUGGAAAACUGCAUAAACGUACCUCCAUUCUCUGAGGCACAGCUGCGGCAGUUGCCGGAGAGCUCGGCUGAACAGCCUUGGAGAGUGGAGCCGGAGGAGGUCAGCUCUCGGCUGGACCUGAGGGACACACACCUGGUGUUCAGCAUCGACCCGCUGGGCUGUGAGGACGUGGACGACACGCUGUCCGUCCGCCUCCUGCCCGGAGGCACCCGUCUAGAGCUGGGCGUCCACAUUGCUGACGUCACCCACUUUGUCCAGGAGGGCUCGCUGACCGACCUGGAGGCCCGGUCAAGAGCUACCACAUACUACCUGGCUGACCGGAGAUAUGACAUGCUGCCGGGAGUGCUGAGUGCAGACCUUUGCUCCCUGCUGGGAGGGGUGGACAGGUACGCCAUGAGUGUGAUGUGGCAGCUGGACGCCCAGUCUUUGGCUGUGUGCAAGGUGUGGUACGGCCGCACACUCAUCCGCUCCUCCUACCAGCUGCACUACGAGCUGGCCCAGAGCCUGCUGAAUGGGGAGCAGGCCGAGGUCCCGGAGCUGGACCGUCUGGACGACGAGGCGGAGCGGUGCCGGCGCCGGGCCGAGCUGCUGCAGGCCCUGCGGCUGCUGACCCGCGUGGCCCGGCACCUGCGGGCGCAGCGGGACCAGGGUGGCGCGCUGGAGCUGGAGGGUGUGGAGGUGCGCGCCCAGCUGGACAGCAGCAAGAACAUCACGGCCCUGGUGCCCAGGCAGCCGCUGGAGGUGCACGAGACGGUGGCCGAGUGCAUGAUCUACGCCAACCACUGGGUGGCGCGCAAGAUCCAGGAGAAUUUCCCACACCAGGCCCUGCUGCGCCACCACCCGCCCCCACGCCAGGAGUUCUUCAACCAGCUCAUCGACAGCGCUCGCACUCGCAGCUUCGCCAUCAAUACUAGGUCUAAUAAGGCUCUGGCAGACUCUCUGGACCAAGCAGUGGACCAGCGUGAUCCUGUAGUGAACCGACUGCUGAGGAUGAUGGCCACUCAGGCCAUGUCCAAUGCACUGUACUUCUCCACUGGAGCAUGUUCAGAAGAGCAGUACUACCACUAUGGUCUUGCUCUGGACCGCUACACUCACUUCACAUCCCCCAUCCGUCGCUAUGCCGACAUCAUUGUGCAUCGCCUCCUAAUGGCUGCCAUUAAUGCUGAGAGGGGCCUGGCACCCAGCAAAGUUCUGGCCUCCAACAAGGACCUGGAGGAGCUAGCUCACCAAGUUAACAACCGGAACAGAGCAUCUCAGCAUGCUCAGAAGCAGUCCACAGAGCUCUUCCAGUGCCUCUACUUUAAAGACAAGGACCCUCUCACGGAUGAGCGCUGUGUAGCUGAUGCUGUGAUCUAUGCCAUCAGGGCCAACGGCAUGCUGGUUUUUAUUCCACGCUAUGGUCUUAGGGGUCCUGUGUAUGUGAAGAACCGAGAGAAUCAGGUGGUCAGUGUGGAGGGGGAUGGCAGCUGUGAGUGGAAGGCAGGGGCCUUGGAGAGACAGGUGGAUCGGAUCAGCACCACCACGAGUACUGGAACACAUAACUUCAGCAUAUUUGACCACAUCACUGUGCGCAUCUCUGUGCAGCCCUCUCGCUGCCACCCACUCAACCUCUGCCUGGAGGUGAUCAGCAGCCGACCCCACCAGGCCCCGGUCGCAGAGGCGCAACCCAAAGGCCGCGGCCGCUCCGAGCUGGUGCAGGAGGUGGUGCGGUUGGCCGAGGAGGCCUCUCAGCAGGCCGAGGAGCGGAAGGGCAGGGUGCCCAAGCUGUCAAAGGAGCAGAGGGAGUUCAGACAGAGCAAGCAACCCAACCUCUACUCAAUCCUGCAGGAGAUUGCAGAGAUGGCCCUGCUGGACCUCCAUGCUUGUGAGGCCCCCAGUGCUGAAGUUCAGACAUGUUCUACCUCUGCCUAGGGCCUUCAUAACAUCACCAGUCUUCCUUUUGUAUAGAGAGACUUCCUGAUGCUGUAUUUUAGAUCGUUAAGGCUUUGGUGAAAAGGGACUGUACACUUUCUCAUCCUAAGUGAACUCGAUGAACCACCUUUUAUACUACUUCAGAACUAUAGAAUGCGUGAGUGGUCACUUGCUGUAUUGAUUCACAGUAGCAUGGACUCUGUGCAACCAACAGAGCUCGGCAAGCUCUAAGGACACUUAUUUGGCUUUAAUCAAAAUUAUGGAUUGUUGUGAAUUGCUUUUUAAUAAAAAUAUAUUUUCAUAGA